CACUUUAGAAAAUUUAAUUAAAUUACAGUAAUAAUAUUAUUUUAACAAUGAAAGGCAAUUUUCGUACUCUCUUUCGAAGAUUUUGCUUAGAUGGCAGCUUGACAGUGAUGAAGUACUUUUAUGUGUACCCUGAUCCAAUAUCAAGGUCUUUCUGGGCAGUGCUAGUGGCUGCGAUGUUUAUGAUGGCGUGGUUCCUCACGUAUCUGCUAUACAUGCGCUUCGCAGACAUGCCUACACGUAUCACCAUAGAGAACCAGUACGAGUCCAUCAAGGACCUGCCCUACCCUACAAUAACCAUCUGCUCGCCCAAUAGGAUCACUAUCGCCGCUGUCCACCAUCUCAACAAAACCUUAGUAGAUGGUAACGUGACAGCAGACCUCGAUCGUAUUAUUCCCAUAGUGCUGGGCUUCUAUGACCCAGCGUUGCAGUCCUCCGACGAUACGGCGCACCAACUGCAGUCAUUAAUUGACCUCAACAGAUACACAACAACCGAAGUGAUGGCGAUGCUGCCGCAGCAGUGCGACGAGUUCCUGCAGAUGUGCCAGCUGGGGCACACUCGCUACCCGCACUGCCGGGGCCUCUUCGACCCCGUGCUCACCACUUAUGGACUCUGCUGCUCUUUCAACAGCAAGUACCAUUACGUCAAGAGUAAUAAAAGAAACGAAGUUAAAGCUAACUUCACCAGCCGUUUGGCGUUUUCGUCAAGUUUGAACAAUGCGUUCACGGUGGUGGUGGACUACAACCCGGCAGGCGCCAUCGACCGGACCAUACUUGCCGCUGGAGGAAUACGGGUCCUGUUCACGGACCACACGGAGUUCCCCGCAGAUGACGUUUCCAACCUGGUGCUGGCCAACACGGAGUCGCUGCACAUCAUCCACGCCACGCACACCUACUGCUCGGAGGACGUUAAAGUGCUGCCGGUGACGAGUCGCAAAUGCUACCUCCAAGACGAGCGCCACCUGCCCUACUUCCACGACUACCACAACUCCGACUGCGACCACGUGUGCUUCGCCGACUCUAUCAAGAGUUACUGCGGAUGCGAGCUGUUUUACUUGCCGUACGUGCGACUGACGCACGUCUGCAACGCCACCAAGAUCAAGUGCAUCGGGGAGACGAAGCGUGAGGAGAUUUAUCAUCAUUUCAGCGACAGGACGUCCUCCAAUGAUUCCCAGAUGGGCCGAGAUGGUAACGUGACAGCAGACCUCGAUCGUAUUAUUCCCAUAGUGCUGGGUUUUUAUGACCCUGCGUUGCAGUCCUCAGACGAUACGGCGCACCAACUGCAGUCAUUAAUUGACCUCAACAGAUAUACAACAACCGAAGUGCUAGCGAUGCUGCCGCAGCAGUGUGACGAGUUCCUGCAGAUGUGCCAGCUGGGGCACACGCGCUACCCGCACUGCCGGGGGCUCUUCGACCCUGUAUUGACCACAUAUGGCCUCUGCUGCUCUUUUAACAGCAAGUACCAUUACGUCAAGACUAAUAAAAGAAACGAAGUUAAAGCUAACUUCACCAGCCGUUUGGCGUUUUCGUCAAGUUUGAACAAUGCGUUCACGGUGGUGGUGGACUACAACCCGGCAGGCGCCAUUGACAGGACCAUACUUGCCGCUGGAGGAAUACGGGUAUCCAAGGUUCUCUUCACGGACCACACGGAGUUCCCCGCAGAUGACGUGUCCAACCUGGUGCUGACCAACACGGAGUCGCUGCACAUCAUCCACGCCACGCACACCUACUGCUCGGAGGACGUUAAAGUGCUGCCGGUGACGAGUCGCAAAUGCUACCUCAAAGACGAGCGCCACCUGCCCUACUUCCACGACUACCACAACUCCGACUGCGACCACGUGUGCUUCGCCGAUUCCAUCAAGAGCUAUUGCGGCUGCGAACUGUUCUACUUGCCGUACGUGCGACUGACGCACGUCUGCAACGCCACCAAGAUCAAGUGCAUCGGGGAGACGAAACUAAGUCGCCACCCACCGCAGAAGGCUAGUACGUGCAAGUGCCUGCGAGACUGCGAGUCGCGCCGCUACACCGUCGAGCUGUCCACGGGAAACCUGGACGCGCUGCCGUACAUGUUCAACGAUAUGUACAGGGGCAUAAAGUUUAACAAAAGCACCGCCAUCAUGCACUUCUUCUUUCCUAACUCUGUCUACGUGAAGCAAAAACAAGAAACGGUGAUAUCCAUCGUCACUUUAGCGUCAAACUUGGGCGGGGUAUUCGGUUUGUGCGUUGGAGUAAGUUUUAUAAGUGCAUUGGAGCUCCCAUUCUAUGUCUAUAUGGCCAUAAAGAACCACAUCAAAUACCAAAUGAGGAAGCGUAGUGGCCGCAUCGUUCACUUGAAAUAAAAAUAAACUUUUUUCUGUGUCUGCUAUCGGUUCGCUAGUAUUUGUUUAUCUUUUAAACUUAGGUAACUCAAAAGAUCAAAAAGAAGGAUACAUUUAAAAAUAAAAAGCCCAAAUCCAGGUGUAUGUAACAAAUUUAUAUUUUCUGAUUUACAUAUUAUAUAUUUCACUAUAUCCGACGAUCAUUUCCAAUAGUUUUAUCAAAUAUAAGUAUUGCUUUGCUUAAC